AGUAGGUGAAAGCAUAAGAUUGUAUACAUCAGAUUGUUGUCUCCCAGUCGCUCCCAUAAGUCCGUGCGUGUGUGAGGGGACAGCUGCUCCAGUCUAUAAAGCAGCAAGACAACAGUGCAGGACCUGCACUCUCAGGUCUUGCAAACACACAGCACCAUGUUAGCGCUUGCAGUACUCCUUCUUGCCGCAGUGGCGUAUGGUCAGGAAAAGUGUAUCCACUCCAACGCCAUGCAGCAUACCGCCGACGUGGUCAUUCUCAGGGCCCUCAACGACAUGGACCAAAACGGAGACGGUAUCGUCACGGACUCAGAGAUCCUCAACGAAUUUGUCAGUAAAUUCGAUCACGACGGUAGUCUGUCCAUCUCGAGGGCGGAGUUUGUCAAGCAGUGGCACGAGACAUACCACGACAGCACUGACUUCGCCGCCUUCAUCUUCACCAAAUUCGACACCACCGGUGACGGCACCCUCGGACUCUUUGACGUAUCUGGGCUGAAGAGCAAGGUCGACACCAACCAUGAUGGCAAGAUCACGGAUGUGGAGUUUACCAUCUUCCUGACACACGCCUACAACGAGUGUGAGGUCACGCAUCAUCGUCCUGAGUAAACACUUCCGGUCGGCUGCUAGGAAGACGAUCAUAUACACAAUAAACCUGUCCGUCCAACUGA